CCCCCUCCGCCCCGGGUGCUGUCAGGGUUCCCCGGAUGGACUAACGGACUAUUGAGGUGUGGGCUAGAGCGGGGCAACAGAGUGUUCAGUGGGCGGCGAGAGGCGGGCGGCGGCCCAGAAGGAUCCUGGGAGCGCGUCCGGCUCCCGCCAGACGCGGGGGUCGACAAGGGCCGCUGGGCUGCAGCCCCCAGCCGAGCCUCUAGGGCCUUCCAGUCGUGGCCGGUGCUUCAGUCCCUGACGCUUUGCCCAGAGUACAGGCCUCCAAGCCCAGCCUCGCCCGCCGGAGUCCGAAGACCCUCUGGUCAUGUCCAUCGUGGGCGAAGCGGGAGGGUCAGACGGCUCCAACGCUCGGGCGGCGCCCGGAACCCCAGGCUCGCGGCCCCAGUUUCCGGCCGGUGGAGGCGCUCAGCGGCCCGAGGCCACGGAAGCGGGCUCGUGGGACCGGGCCGGGACCGGACCGGAGAUGGCGCCGCCGGCGGGUGGCGCGGCUGCGGCCUCGGACCCUGGCUCGGCCGCGGUGCUCCUGGCCGUGCACGCCGCGGUGAGGCCGCUGGGUGCUGGGCCGGACGCAGAGGCGCAGCUGCGGAGGCUGCAGCUGAGCGCGGACCCCGAGCGACCAGGGCGCUUCCGGCUGGAGCUGCUUGGCGCGGGGCCCGGGGCGGUCAGUUUGGAGUGGCCCUUGGAGUCCAUCUCCUACAUCGUCCGAGGCCCCAGCCAGCAUGAGCUGCAGCCUCCACCAGGAGGGCCUGGGACUCUCAGCCUACACUUUGCCAACCCUCAGGAAGCUCAGCGGUGGGCAGCCCUGGUCCGAGGUGCCAUCGUGGAAGGACAGAAUGGCAGUGACAGCCUAGCCCCAGCCCUGGGCUCAGAAACGUGCCCCGUUUCCUCGCCCAGUCUCCUUGAAGUGCCUGCAACCAAGGCCCCCCAGCCCAAGGUGGAUCUUCUUUGGCGCCCCGGAGACUUGAUGGAGAAAGAGGACCUAGCAGGGCACCUGACCCGGGCCAUAGAGGGUGGGGAUGAGAAGCGGGCAGCCCAAGCAGCAGCCAUCCUGGCCCAGCAUCAUGUGGCCCUCAGCAUCCAGCUCCAGGAGGCCUGCUUCCCUCCUGGCCCCAUCAGGCUACAGGUUACAGUUGAAGAUGCGGCAUCCUCUGCCCACAUCUCGCUGCCAGUCCACCCCCACUCCACCAUCGGGGCCCUCCAGGAGCAGGUAUUCUCGGAGUUCGGCUUCCCACCGGCUGUGCAGCGCUGGGUCAUCGGGAGGUGCCUGUGUGUCCCCGAAUACAGCCUUGCUUUCUAUGGGGUCCGGCGGGAUGGGGACCCUGCUUUCCUCUACCUGCUCUCAGCCCCCCGAGAGGUCCCAGGACGCACUCCUCAGCGCCCCCAGAAGACGGAUGGGGAACUAGGCCGCCUGCUUCCUCAGUCACCGGGGCUACCCCAAGCCCCGCAGCCAGCUGGCUCCAGCCUGCCCAACCCCCUUCAGCCCGGCUGGCCCUGCCCUUCCUGCACCUUCAUCAACGCCCCAAGCCGACCUGGCUGUGAGAUGUGCAGCACCCAGAGGCCGUGUGCUUGGGACCCCCUUCCCACAGCCCCCACCCAGCAGCUACCAAAGGUCACAAGGAGAGAGGACGGCCCUUCCCUUCCAGGCCCAAGGUCUCUGGACCCCCUCCUGAACCUCUCAGGGAACCUGUGCUGACAGACCGCUCGCUGGAGACAAAGCCAGAGUUGCCGGGGAGGGGCUGUGAGCUGGAGUCAUUAAAUACACUUGUGAGCCA